CUGCCUCCCUAACUAGCUGCCAUCUGCUGACCACCACCACCUUCUCCAGCACAAAGCCUCACCCAUGCUCCUGAGGGCUUUGGGACUAAUACCCUUGCUGGGGACAGAGAACAUAAACUGGCCUGCCCUGUUUGCCUUCUGACCUUACAGUGCCCCCCACCCCAAUCUCUCAAAACUUUCUCACUAACUGUUUAAUACUCAGUCCCUGAGGAGGGGAGGAAGGCUGGGGUCUGGCCCCACCAGGUCAAGAGCUUCCUGGAAUUGAGGGUGUUGGAAACACAGACAUCUGGAACAGCAUUUUUCAAGGGUGGGACAGCAUUUUUCACUGGGACUCUGGAAUGUCAGGGUUUGGAGGAAACUUGCUAGGAGUCUGGUGGAAAUGCGGCAGGUGAUGCUGGGGUGGAGCUGCGGGGGGUGGGGUGAGGAGGUUGUGCUAAGGGCUUGCCAUUUCCCUGGGCGGGCGAGUCCCAACAGCGGGCAGACAGGUGAGGCUGACCCAACAGGUUCCAGAGGCCAGGGGCAAUGGGGCGGAGCAUGGCUCUGACAGGGUGACAACAGGCUGGGGGCCCUGCCACACACAGGGCAGGCAGGCAGGAGGCUGUCCUGCUGGUAUCUUCUUCCUGCUGCAGCCAGAGCAUGGUGCAGGCCAUGGAGCCUGCUGGAGGGUGAGGGUAGCCAGGUGUGCAGGCAUGUUCAGAGGCCUAGGGCCUGGGGGCCUGGGGGCUCAGGGCAUGGCGGGGCCCCUGCGGGGCCGGGUGGAGGAGCUGAAGCGGCCAUGGUGGCGGGAGAGCCCACCACUGGUGCUACAGCACAGUGAGGCAGCCCGGCUGGCGGCCGACGCCCUCCUGGAACGAGGUGAGGCUGCCUACCUGCGGGUCAUCUCCGAGGAGCGGGAGCUGCCCUUCCUGAGUGCUCUGGAUGUGGACUACAUGAUCAGCCAUGUACGUGGGGGCCCUGAGCUCAGCGAGGCCCAGGGACUGGAGGCCUCGGGGCCUGACCGCCUCAGCCUGCUCUCAGAAGUCACCUCAGGCACUUACUUCCCCAUGGUCUCCGACAUAGAACCCCCGGACCUGGACUUGGGCUGGCCGGAGGUUCCACAGGCCACGGGCUUCAGCCCCACCCAGGCUGUGGUCCAUUUCCAGCGGGACAAGGCCAAGAACAUCAAGGACCUUCUGCGUUUUCUCUUCAGCCAGGCCCGCACGGUGGUAGCCGUGGUGAUGGACAUAUUCACGGACAUGGAGCUUCUGUGUGACCUCAUGGAGGCCUCAAGCCGGCGUGGUGUCCCUGUGUACCUGCUCCUGGCUCAGGAGCACCUGAGGCACUUCCUGGAGAUGUGCUACAAGAUGGACAUCACUGGGGGACACCUGCUGAACAUGCGUGUGCGGAGCACAUGUGGGGACACGUACUGCAGCAAGGCAGGCCGCCGCUUCACCGGGCAGGCCCUGGAGAAGUUCGUCAUCAUUGACUGUGAGCAGGUGGUGGCGGGCAGCUACAGCUUCACCUGGCUUUGCAGCCAGGCCCACACUAGCAUGGUGCUGCAGCUGAGGGGCCGCAUUGUGGAAGACUUUGACCGGGAGUUCCGCUGUCUUUAUGCUGAGUCACAGCCCGUGGAGGGCUUCUGCGGAGGAGAAGAUACCCUACCUCCAAGGGUACCAUGCCCUCCCGCAGUGGCCCCGGCCUUUGGGCCCGGCAUCCCCAGCACCACAUCCUCAUCACCCUCCAGCACCAGCCUCAGUAGCAUCAAGCGCUCAUCUCUCAUGGGCCACUCCUCCUACCUUGCUCUACCAGGAGGCAGUGGCUCGAGUGACAUGGGUGUGGGGUCCUCAUCCCCGGGCCCUGCCCGCUGUGGGGCCAAUGGCCAGCCCUCCCUGCAACGCCAGCUGUCAGACCCUAACCACGGCCCCCUGCUAGGGCCCUAUAGGGCCAAUUUGGGCAAGCUGGGAGCAUCCCCAUGGUCCCAGUCCUCCCCUGCCCUCAACUACAAUAGCGCCAGCCCCACGACCCUGGCAGGAGGGUCACCUCUGCUUGCUCGCCCUGGCCCCCUCUUUCCCUUCUCCCGGGGUGUUCCAGCUCUGUCCCAGCUCCCAGAGAAUGGGGUCCUGGGAAGUCAGGGACCUAGCCCCCCACGAGGCCGCUGGGUACCUGGGACAGCCCUGGAGGCAGUGGAGGAGAAUAAGGUGUCUCUGAGUCAGAGCCAUGGCCAGCUGGAUCUCCUUGUCCCCUUCACCAGAGCACGAGAAGUCGGGGGCCCUGAUUCUGGGGUUACCCCCAACUCAGGCUCUUUUUGGCCUGGUGAGCAGGCCCUAGAGGACAGGAAGUUGGACCCAAACCAGAGAUACAACCAGCUGGAUCUCCUGUCUGAGGCCCAAGGUGCCCCUGAUUCAGACUGCCCCAGACCUGGCAAUCGGACCCCAGAGGACAAGAGGUUUUCCCAUAACCACAGUCAUGGCCAACUGGACCUCCUGAUGCAGUCCCCCAAGGCUGGGGGCUCUAGAGUGCCUCCUGAAGCCAACUCCUCAGCCAGGGCUGGCAAGCAGGGUCCAGAUGAGAGACGGCAGACGCUGGGUCACAGCCAGCUGGACCUCAUCACAAAGUUUGGCCCAUUCCGGGGUGAGGGGCCAGGGCCCAGUGAUCUCCCCAGACCGAGCCCUGCUCGAAAGGCUGGAGUGGACUCUGCAGAUGAGAAACGGCUGACUCUGGGACACAGCAAGCUGGACCUCAUCACCAAGUAUCAUGAAUUGCCAGGCACCAGGCAGGGACCUGAGCCUGGCCUCCCAGGGAGCCCCACAGGUGGCCCCACAGAUGGCCAUUGCAAUGGCAAUAGCAAUGGCCUGUCUGGGGAUGAGAAACGGCUGACCUUGGGCCACAGCAAACUGGACCUCAUCACUAAGUACAACAAGUCCAAGUUCAAGAUGCUCCGAAGCCGCUUUGAGUCCUAGUCCUGCUCCCAGAAAGGGCAUGUCCCUUCUCCAUCCAUUAAGACUCUAGAUUUACUCAGGUGCCAGACUCUGGGGUGGGAGCUUGGGCACUGGCUGUAUGGAGGGGAGAGGGUGUCUAGAAGCCCAGGUUAGAUAUCCCCUGGGCUCAGGAUUCUUGCUUACACACAUGCACAUGCACACACACUGGGAAAUGGAACCACAGUUACUGGGCGCCUGCCAUUUGUCACUGUGCCGAGCACUUCACACUGGUUACCUCUCAUCCUUCAUCCUCACAACAUCCUACAAAUAGAUCUCUAGAAGGUUACAGUUCUAGGAUCAUAGGUAGUAUCUUCCCUAUUCUAUACAUACGGAAGCUGAGACCCAGCGAGUUUGAUGACUUGCUUGGAAUCAGGUCCAAGUAAGUGGCAGGGGCUCUAACCUGUGUCUCUGAUUCUUAAUUUCUGACCAUUGUGUUUUUGCACAGACAGGACACACAAUAUCAACAGUUCACAUGUCCCCAUGCACACAAAAUCCACAUAUCAUAGAGAUGCCCCAAAAGCCUGCACAAUAUACAUAGCACACUGACAGGGUUGACUCACAUGCACAAACUGCACACACACACACACACACACAAUAAUACACAUAUGUCCAUGUCAUAAACCAAAACACAGGAUUCUAGCUAUAGGAUUCUACACAAUAAAUGUCAUUUGGCUAAAUUAAUGGCUUUGUUCAGUGCACACUGUAGACCUCUCAGGAUCCACAGACUAUAAACACGUGCAUGUGCACGCAUGCACGCACACACACACACACAGACGAGUAUGCAUGCACCAACCAGUAUCUUCUUGUAUCUAAUCUGUGUACCCAGUCAUGUGCUGGGCAUGCAAUAAGGCUGACAAAUGAAUCAGACUCAGUCCCUGGGAGACAAAAGAUUAAAUGCAUAAGCCAUUGGUGAGCAAGACAGAGCUGUAUCUAAUUAAAGGCUAACAGUGACAGAAAGUGGUUGAGAAUGAAGGGCAGUGAUGGAGGUGAUGAUGGAGUGGUGAGAAAAGUGUUUUAGAAGACGCAACAUUUGAGCUAAGCCAUGAAGGGUGGGAAGGAUUUGGAUAGCUAGAGGAGAGGGUUAGAGGAAUUCCUGGUAGAGGGAACCAGGUGAAGAGGGGCCAGGGAGAGGAUUGAGGGAGUGGGUCUGAGAUGAACUGGGGAGGAUGGAAAGGACAUGGACACCCAGACUCUGUCAUUUUGCUUAGUGACCCUAAAAGCACAGGCUCUGUCAGAUGUGGGUCCUUUUCCUGAGCUUGCCACUUGCCCGUGACUGUAUACAUGAUACAAAUCAAUAAAGGCAGACAUGCUAUGACCCA